AUUUUUCAUUGCUUCGUACAUUUCCAAGCCCGCUCGCUAGGUUUACAUUUUUGAGUCCACCGAACUUUCUCACUCACUCUUUCUUCCACACCCCAAAUCUAAAACCGUAAAAACCCCAUGUUUAUCUCCUCCUAUGGAGCUCCACUAACACCCUAAACCCCCAAAUUCAUUUUCUUUUUUCCUCAUAAAAUCCUAGCCCCUUUGUUCUUCUUCACCUUUCAUCGAAAACCCAAAACCCCACUGCGAUUAUUUUCUAAUUUCUGAGAGACCCCGCUAUUUCUGAGCCAUGUAUCUUUACAGCCUCACGCUCCAGAGACCCACUGGCAUAGUCUGUGCUAUCAAUGGCAAUUUCUCUGGUGGCAAAACCCAGGAGAUCGUCGUUGCCAGAGGCAAAGUUCUGGAUCUUCUUCGACCCGACGAUAACGGUAAGAUCCAGACUCUUCUUUCCGUCGAAAUUUUUGGUGCCAUUAGGUCUUUAGCUCAGUUUAGGCUUACUGGGUCUCAGAAAGAUUACAUUGUUGUGGGUUCUGAUUCCGGUAGAAUUGUAAUUCUUGAAUAUAAUAAGGAAAAGAAUGUGUUCGACAAAAUUCACCAAGAGACUUUUGGGAAAUCUGGCUGUCGCCGGAUUGUUCCUGGGCAGUAUUUGGCUGUUGAUCCCAAGGGGAGAGCUGCUAUGAUUGGUGCUUGUGAGAAGCAGAAGCUGGUUUAUGUUUUGAAUCGGGAUACUGCUGCUAGGCUGACCAUAUCUUCGCCUUUGGAGGCUCACAAGUCGCAUACCAUAGUAUAUUCGAUUUGUGGGGUUGAUUGUGGGUUUGAUAACCCGAUAUUUGCUGCAAUUGAGCUUGAUUACUCUGAGGCGGAUCAGGAUUCCACCGGCCAGGCUGCCAGCGAGGCACAAAAGCAUUUGACUUUUUAUGAGCUUGAUCUUGGGCUUAAUCAUGUGUCAAGGAAAUGGUCUGAUCAAGUUGAUAAUGGCGCAAAUUUGCUGGUCACAGUUCCUGGAGGCGGUGAUGGUCCAAGUGGUGUGUUAAUUUGUGCAGAAAAUUUUGUGAUUUAUAAGAAUCAGGGACACCCUGACGUUCGAGCAGUGAUUCCUCGGCGUGUGGAUUUACCCGCCGAGCGUGGGGUUCUUAUUGUUUCAGCAGCUAUGCACAAGCAGAAAUCCAUGUUCUUUUUUCUUUUGCAGACUGAGUAUGGUGAUAUAUUCAAGGUUACUUUGGAGCACGACAAUGACCAUGUAACGGAAUUGAAAAUUAAAUAUUUUGACACCAUCCCUGUUACAACUUCAAUGUGUGUACUGAAAUCGGGUUUUCUGUUUGCUGCAUCUGAAUUUGGGAAUCAUUCAUUGUAUCAAUUUCAAGCAAUAGGGGAUGAUGCUGAUGUUGAGUCUUCCUCAGCAUCACUGAUGGAAACUGAUGAAGGUUUCCAGCCUGUAUUUUUCCAGCCUAGACGACUUAAGAACCUUGUUAGGAUUGACCAGGAUGAGAGCUUGAUGCCGAUUAUGGACAUGAGAGUUCUUAAUCUCUUUGAGGAAGAAACACCUCAGAUUUUUACUCUCUGUGGGCGGGGUCCUCGUUCCUCUCUUAGGAUAUUAAGACCGGGUUUAGCUAUCAGUGAGAUGGCUGUGUCAGAGCUUCCUGGUGUUCCAAGUGCAGUUUGGACUGUGAAAAAGAAUGUUAAUGAUGAGUUUGAUGCAUACAUUGUUGUGUCAUUUGCAAAUGCUACCCUUGUGCUUUCGAUUGGUGAGACAGUUGAAGAAGUUAGUGACAGUGGGUUUCUUGAUACUACCCCAUCACUUGCUGUCUCUUUGAUAGGCGAUGAUUCUCUCAUGCAAGUUCACCCCAAUGGCAUUAGGCAUAUUAGGGAAGAUGGAAGAAUCAAUGAGUGGAGAACUCCUGGGAAAAGAACAAUUGUUAAGGUUGGCUCUAAUAGGCUCCAGGUUGUUAUUGCUCUGAGUGGAGGAGAACUUAUAUAUUUUGAGGUUGAUAUGACUGGUCAACUAAUGGAGGUGGAGAAGCACGAAAUGUCUGGUGAUGUGGCUUGCUUGGAUAUUGCCCCUGUACCUGAAGGUAGACAAAGGUCUCGUUUCCUUGCAGUUGGUUCAUAUGACAACACAAUUCGUAUCUUAUCACUGGAUCCUGAUGAUUGUAUGCAGAUUCUGAGUGUGCAAAGUGUUUCUUCCACUCCAGAAUCUCUCCUUUUUCUUGAAGUUCAAGCAUCCAUUGGUGGGGAGGAUGGUGCUGAUCACCCUGCUAGCCUUUUUCUAAAUGCUGGUUUACGUACUGGGGUUUUAUUUAGAACAGUAGUGGAUAUGGUGACAGGUCAGCUGUCUGAUUCUCGUUCUCGAUUCUUAGGACUGAGAGCCCCAAAGCUCUUCUCUGUUAUUGUGAGAGGCAAGCGUGCGAUGCUUUGUUUGUCAAGUCGACCUUGGCUUGGUUAUAUUCACCAAGGACAUUUCCUGUUAACACCCCUGUCCUAUGAGACUCUUGAAUAUGCAGCCUCAUUUUCGUCUGAUCAAUGUGCAGAAGGUGUGGUAGCUGUUGCUGGUGAUGCUCUGAGAGUUUUUACUAUUGAGAGGUUGGGAGAAACAUUUAAUGAAACUGUUAUUCCUCUAAGGUACACCCCAAGAAAGUUUGUCGUUCAACCGAAGCGGAAACUAUUGGUAAUUAUUGAAAGUGAUCAAGGAGCUUUCACGGCAGAAGAGCGUGAAGCUGCAAAAAAGGAAUGCUUUGAGGCUGCUGGAGCUGGAGAAAAUGGAAAUGGCAACGUGGAACAGAUGGAAAAUGGUGGUGAUGAUGAGGACGGGGACGAUCCCCUCUCUGAUGAGCAUUAUGGUUAUCCUAAGGCAGAGUCUGACAGAUGGGUUUCUUGCAUCAGAGUUCUUGACCCAAAGACAUCAAGUACAACUUGUCUUCUGGAGCUUCAGGAUAAUGAGGCUGCAUUCAGCAUAUGUACUGUAAAUUUUCAUGAUAAGGAGUAUGGUACUCUUUUAGCGGUUGGUACAGCAAAAGGACUGCAGUUUUGGCCCAAAAGAAGUUUAACUGCCGGAUAUAUUCAUAUCUACAGGUUUUUAGAGGACGGGAAAUCACUCGAACUUCUACACAAAACACAAGUGGAAGGUGUUCCACUUGCAUUAUGCCAAUUUCAGGGAAGAUUACUUGCUGGAAUUGGACCAGUGCUCAGAUUAUAUGAUUUGGGGAAAAGGAAAUUGCUUAGGAAAUGCGAGAAUAAGCUGUUUCCUAACACAAUUGUAUCUAUUCAAACCUAUCGCGAUCGGAUUUAUGUAGGUGAUAUUCAAGAGUCAUUCCAUUACUGCAAGUAUAGGCGGGAUGAGAAUCAGCUGUAUAUCUUUGCUGAUGAUUGUGUUCCAAGGUGGAUUACUGCUUCAUACCACAUAGAUUUUGACACCAUGGCAGGUGCAGACAAGUUUGGUAAUGUCUAUUUUGUGCGGUUACCCCAGGAUGUUUCAGAUGAGAUAGAAGAAGAUCCAACAGGUGGGAGGAUUAAGUGGGAGCAGGGGAAGUUGAAUGGAGCUCCCAACAAGGUAGAGGAGAUAGUGCAGUUCCAUGUUGGUGAUGUUGUGACCUCCCUGCAGAAGGCCUCACUGAUUCCAGGUGGUGGGGAGUGCGUCAUUUAUGGGACGGUGAUGGGAAGCUUGGGGGCACUGCUUGCGUUCACCUCUCGUGAUGAUGUUGAUUUCUUUUCUCACUUGGAAAUGCAUAUGAGGCAGGAACAUCCUCCCUUAUGCGGAAGAGAUCACAUGGCUUAUAGAUCUGCAUAUUUUCCGGUUAAGGAUGUGAUUGAUGGUGAUCUAUGUGAGCAAUUCCCAACAUUGCCUCUUGAUUUGCAGAGGAAAAUUGCGGAUGAGCUGGAUAGAACCCCUGGGGAGAUACUGAAGAAACUUGAAGAAAUUAGAAACAAGAUCAUUUGAGAGAACCACGGAAAAUUCAUUAUGGCAUCAACACGGAGAGCAGGUAUGUCAAUGGAGUGGUGCUAUUGCUGACCACAUAUUUGGACUAAUGGAGUAACAGAUGUCAAGACUGGCUUCCCCUGAUUUUGUAGAGGCAUAGAAAAGUUUUCUUGGUUCUAGGAUUGUAGCCAUUUCUGGUAGUUGGGACUAACUGCUUAAAUGUACUGAAAGGUGCAAUCUGUAAAACUUGCAUCUUGCUGGCAUCAUCAGUUUCUGUUGUUGUAAUUAAUUAAAAUAGAUUUUGAUUGUUUAAUUGUUUGCAGAUUUAAUGAAGUUAAUCAGAUCUCUCUCUC